UUCUAUGCGCAGAUGUGUCGUGCCCUUUACUUGACCAGCUCACAUUUUUCUGCAGAAGGCAGCACGAUCUUGCUACUUCAUACUUAUUGUUGACACCCUGAGGAUAACAAUCACCAAGAAUAUCGACAGAAAGACCGGUGACUUCGCCCACUCACCACUUUCUCAGAACUUGGAGAUCAGUAUAUAAGUGGCUGGCGUCGUGAAAAAUCAGCUUGUACUCCUGACAUGUCGCAUGGUGCUUUAGUAAUCAAGACUAGAAAAGUGAUGAAGACAAUUCGAAUGGUUCUGGUCGGCAAGACUGGAAAUGGAAAAAGUUCUCUUGGAAAUACACUUCUAGGAAAGAAGACGUUUGAAACUUCAUCGGCACUUGAGUCCUGUACAGAAAAAUGCCAAUGGGGAGAAGCUCAAGUUGGCGAAAUACUUCUCAAAGUAACGGAUACACCUGGACUGUGGGACACUAAACAACUGAAUGAAGACGUACUUCUGGAAAUUGGCAAGAGCUUCUCUCUGUGCUCGCCGGGGCCUCACGUUGUUAUUAUUGUCAUUCGAUGUGAUGUUAAAUUCACUAAAGAGGAGCAAGAUACGGUGUCAACACUGCAGAAGGUCCUUGGAGGCAACCUGUCUAAUCAUCUCAUGGCAGUCUUCACACGUGGGGAUACUCUUGGAGUACCUGCUGGUGAAAUGCAGAAGACCUUAGAAGAAAAAUUGAGACGAGUAAGUGUUUUGAAGGAUGUUCUGCGUUCUCUUAACAACCGCUAUUGUGUUGUGGCAAGCACUGGUUCAAGUGAGGAUUUGAAAAUACACUCAAACGUUAUCCUAAAUAUGGUUCAAAAUAUGAUUGAAGAAAACAAUGGAGCGUUCUUCACCAAUGAAGCUAUAGCAAAAUGCAACGAAAACGUGCAGAGACUCGUGAAGGAACGCGAAAGAGCUGAACGCCUAUCUAGGGAAGAGGCUGAGUCAAAAACCAUGCAAGCCAUUGCAACUGGAACAGAACGAUCCGAGUUCUUUACAACUCUGAUUCGGAUAAUUGCAGCGAUAGUCCUACCACUUAUUUCAGCUAUUGUUGCAAGAAAAGCCGAUGCAGGGUGCUCUGUCAUGUAGAAAACUGACUCCAAAAAAAAAAAAAAACCC